CUCCGAUUGUAAGGUGCGGCAUAUCUAAUCAUAAUCGUCUGUCUUUACACGUGGUGUACACUAUCCUUUAUUUCGGGAACAUUAUCAAACGGAAUUUAUUUGCGACCAGUCGUGAUUUCAAUUUCUUUAUAUUGGAGUGAUUUUGUAUGCCAAUAUUUUGUGUUUCGUGAAAAUUGCAAAAAAGAUAUGAAGUGGAUGUGAAGUUUUCGACGCAUUUUGCGUCUGAAGUAUAAUCGUGUUAAUAUUUUAUGUGAUUCUCCUUAGAAAGUGAGUUUUGAAUAAACAUGCAAAGAAGUAGUGGAGCGACAACAUCUAUGUUAAUGUCAGCGAGUCUGAGCGGCAGGAUGCGCGGACGCACGAUACGCUGGCGAUGGAUCGCGAUCUGCGGGGGAGCGUUGUUAGCACUCACGGCCCUGGCUACGUCCCUGGCCUGGACUUCUAUAUUCGACUCUGUUCUAUCUUUGCAAUUAGCGCUGACGCCCAACUCCCGUUCGUACAACUCCUGGCUGGCCCCAACAGUGCCCAUCUUCUUCGACAUCUACAUGUUCAACUGGACUAAUGCUGACAAGUUCCCUGAGGAGAAGCCAAAUUUCGAGGAAUUGGGUCCGUACAGAUACCUGGAGCGACGAAAGCACGUGAACAUUACGUACCACCCGAACAACGGCACCAUCGGCUACCGCACAGUCCGGAGCUGGGUGUGGGACCCCUCCAACAAUGCCUCCCUGGACGACAACAUCACCACCCUCAAUGUUAUAGCAGCUUCAGCCAUCUACCGCGCCAGGUUCUGGGGCUAUUUCCAGCAGAAGGGCCUCUCGAUGGGGCUGGCGAUGUUCGGCCACGGUAUCUCCAUCUCCAAGUUGGCCAGGGAGCUCCUGUUCGAAGGUUACGAGGACGGACUCCUGGACUUCGCGAAGACUUUACCAGCCAGCACAACUGGAGGCGCGCCGCUUGUCGACAGAUUUGGAUGGUUCUAUUCCAGAAACAACACUGAUACCGAUGGGUACAUGGAGGUGUCUUCGGGAACGGCUGACGGUCUUCCCGGACAGAUCCUGAAAUGGAACCAUGAGGACCACAUAUCCUUCUACAACGGAGAGUGUGCGAAGCUAUCAGGCAGUGCAGGCGAGUUCAUGCCUCGCAACUUGACCGAGGAGAGUAAGCUGACGAUGUUCGUGCCGGAUCUCUGCCGCACAGUCAACAUGGAGUUCGUAGACAGUGGGCUGAUGGACGGGCUGCACUACCACAAAUACCACGUCAACGAGCGGACAUUCGAUAAUUCGUCCACUUCACCGGAGAACACGUGCUACUGCAACGGUCCAUGCGCGUGGGGCGGCGUGAUGAACGUGUCCGCGUGCCGCUUCGGCUCGCCCGCCUUCAUCACGCUGCCGCACUUCCUGCACGGAGACCCUGCCUUGCAGGAAUACGUCACCGGCAUGCGACCGGACCCCGACAAGCACUCCUUCUACUUCGCCGUUGAACCUAAACUGGGCGUACCAUUAGACGUGGCUGGUCGGUUCCAGUUCAAUGUGUACGUGGAGCCGAACGAUUAUAUAGCAUUAUACGAGAAAGUGCCUCGAAUGCUCUUCCCCAUAUUCUGGGUGGAGCAAAAGGCGAAAGUCGACGAGCGGAUAGUGUCUGAGUUGAGAACCGUACGCGCCAUCUUAGAUUGGGGUUCCACCGUCUGCGCAUGCGCAGCCGUAGCCUUCGCGAUUAUCGUCACAGUCAUCACUUGCUACACAAGCAAGCCCGAUUACAAAAAGGCUAAAGACAUCAUUCACGAAAAAACCAAAGAUGAGGCGGAAAUAAAGCUGAAUCCCACAUGAAGCAGCGAGGGCUUGUAGUUGAAUACUCAUUGUAUUAUAUCACGGUAGGUUUAAGCCUAGGAGUUAUUCGGGUAGGAUAUCAUGCGACUGGUUCUGGGGACGCUUUGGAAUCUGUAUAUAAAUUUUUAUCAUAGGUAACAUGAUAGUUAAUAGUCCAGUGGUUAUUUAUUUUACUAUUUUUCUUUUUUUUUUUUAGUUAUUAUUUAUGUGCUUUAAUUUUAUCAAUAAUAACAAAAAAUUAAGUAGUGGUCUAAUUUCGAGCAUCAAAUGACCACUGUUUUGUUUUAUCUACAUUUUGCAUCGUUUCUGAUUGCAACACAAAAUAAAUUUAAGAUUACAAAUAGCCGUAAUAGGUUUCGAUUGGAAGAAGUGUCCUCAAAAUUAGUUUCAAUCACCACGAAACAUUAUUGACUCCACUGCGUGAUUAUUUUAAUUUAUAUUAACAGAUGUAAGAUAAAGAACGAAUGAUAAGUGGAACGGAAUGAAUGAAUUGAGAGAUACUCUCCGUCUAUCCAGUUUUAGUGUGAUUAAGAGAUAUUUUUAAAUUAAUAGGUGAAGGAAUUUGUAAAUAAAUGGUAACACUGGGCAAGCCGGGAUGAUUGCGGUGUACCAGUUAGAUAAUAAUUUAGUAUGUAAUAUGGAUAUUCUCUUAACCUUGACAGUUUAGGUAAUAGAAUCUAAAGAAAUACGAAGUUACGAAGCCGCUGGUAAACAUUGUAAAAAGUUUAAACCGUCUUUUUUGACUGUUGUGGGGAACUUCGCUCGAAAUUCUUCGAGCCAAGAUUAUACUUUGAUUUGAUUUUUAAGUAAUGCCAUUUCUAAGGGCUUUCAUUAUUUGUAGGCAUCUGAUAGAUGUAAAAAUCUACCUUUUACGAAGGGCGGUAGACGAUAGAUUACAUGACAAAUUUUAGAUUUUUUAUGUAACAUUGUAUAUAAGAGUUUGCUUUCUUCGGAAAUUAUUAAAAUGUUUGUAUAAGUUUCAUUAAAAUAUUUGUUAGGCGCCGCACAGACUCUAUCAACUUAUUGUCAAGAAACACUACACCACUAUGAAACUGACAGUUCCUUCGGCAAAAUUACCAUCAGUCUUAUACUAAUAUUAUGUUUUUUGAUAACAAGUUGAUGACAUCUCCGCGACGCUUUAAAAACUGAACACAUUUACGUCAGUUGUGUAUUUAUUUUAAAACGUUCAUUGUUGAUAGAGAAAUUACUUUUAAAAACAUUAAAAUUUUCAAAAUCUCGAAGUGUAAGUUGGAAUUUAAAAAUGCCGAUAAAUUACAAAUGCGUUAUUUUCGUAUUUCUUUACGCAACUAAAAUUAUUCUUUAUUAAUUCGCCAAAACAAUUGCCAAUUAUUUUAAUGGAAAAAAGACGAGUUAAUUAAUCAUGUUGAAUUUGUCUUUGUUAUAUUUUUUUCGUGAGUAUAUUUGAGCGAACAUGACACGAAACGACAAAAAUAAACAUAUUAUUAUUAAAUGUAAACUUUAUUCAAAUUCAGACAAUUUAGCCAGUUAAUGACAAUUGAAUUACUUAUUUCGUUUUUGUUAUUUGUGACAUUAGAAUUAACGACCCGAAGUUACGUAAAUUUUACUCAAAAAAAGCUAAGUAUAUUACAAAUUAAUUAAUCGAUGUUAUUGUUGACUUACUUACGUAGUCUUCGCACAUGAAAAACACCUAAGUAGGAUUUGUUUAUUACGUAAUAAUUUCAUAUAAUUACGCGAAUUCUAGACAUUGAUAUAAAAGUAUUUAACUAUUUUCGCCUGAUGCGACGUUUAGAAGACUAUGCAGCCAUCGUAGGUACGGGGCGGACAGAGGUGUUGGUCGUCUGUAAGAAAUAAUAAUAUAAAUAACAGCCAUAAAAUUCAUAAACAGUUUUUUCAUUAUUUAAAGGAUACUAAACGUAUAGUUUCCCUCACAUCCCACGCUCACAUAUUAUGGAGGUGUUUAGCAAGAGUUUGUUGACUACGUAAUAUAUAAAAAUAAAAUAGUGUUUAUAUGUUUAUAUGAACCAAAGAUAUUAUUGUACAUGUACAGUCACCUACAAAAGUAUCUGAACUAUUCCAAAACUCAAAUCGACUAUGCACGAUAAGUUAAAUUGAUUUUUUUCUUUGUGUAAAGUAAAGCAAAUACUUUUUAUGUUAUUUUUGUGAAUAAGAAAUGGUGGUAGAUACAACAGUGUGCAAGCGAUUUGAAGUUUUGCAUUUAUUCAGGUACUUAUGUGAGUGACUGUAUCAUAAUUAUAUAAGUCAAUUUAAAAUGACUAUAAAAAUAUAUAUAAAAUAAAGUUGUAAAAUAGUUGAAGAGCAGUGAUUCUGUAUGUAUAGAAUCACUGCAUAAUUAAUAACCAUGUGGUUAUUGAACUUUAUUGUUAAUAUACACAAGUUUUCUAACGGAAAUAUUGUUAUUUAAAACAAUUAUAACUUUUAAAAGUAAUAUUUCAAAUAAAAUAUUGUAAUUAACCCAUUAAGUCCAUCUUAACAUAAUAAAUAAUAUGUGUGAUUAUUUUUGUAUCUGAAAUCUGUUUAUUUUUAAAAUAAUUUGAUUAUAUUCUGAGUACCUGUAUUCUGCUUUUUUAAGAAAACCUGAAAUUUCCCCAAAGAGGUACAAUAAACAGUUGGUAAAUGGGUAGAUUUUAUGUUUGGGAAUUUAGCUGGUCAUACCUUAAAAAAUAUUUCUGCCCGUUAGUCUAACAUGAAAAUGAAUUUAUUAUUUGUAUUUGUAACAUAAAAGAGAAAAUGCAUUCCAUUUUUACCAGAUACUAUUAUUGUCAUAAAGAUUUAUUAUUUUUGUAUUAACUUAUAUAAAUGUAUUGAUACCGUCUAUUUUUAUAAUUUCAAAAGUUUAUCGAAUGCAUAUUAAAUAUGCGUAUCUAAUAUAAACGAGCUAGAUUUUUUUUAAAAUGGAAAAAUAAAAUCAAGUAACAAUU